AUGAUCUGCUUGACCUGGCUUCUAGUCCUUAGCCUCACUGAAGAGUGCCAGCGUCGCGAUACCACGAUAGGCAUCUAUAGCGAAAGCGAUUUUAACAAAAUCAGGGACUGUCCUUGCUGCGAUUAUGCAAUAGGUGCAGACAUCGCCUUUCAGCGCCCCAUAGUCCCCAUUCCUGUUUUUACCGGUAGCCUCUAUGGUCAGAAUCACACGCUGAGCAAUAUACGGUUUGAUCUUAGCGGAACGCCUAAUGAGUACGUUAACUGCGGAAUAUUUGGAUUUCUGGACCAGGGGACUGUUGCAGCAGUAUCCCUUGUUAUCAGUCAUACAAUGGUUGACAGCAAAAUCCUGAACUUGGGCACUGUGGCAGGGUAUGCCUACAAGCCACGACUAUACAUGAUCAAUGUAACUGGAACCAUCGAAGGCACCUUUUCCACACCUUCUAGCUCAAGCGAACACCCUUAUCUGGACAAAGGAUCCUCCAUCGGAGGCAUCGUUGGCCUUUUAGAGAAUGAAAACGGGGAGCCCAUCACCGAGAUGAGGGGCUUUGUUAAUGUCUCUCUCAGCAACGUUAACAGUGUAUACUAUCCUCUUAAUAUCGGCAGCUUCUUCGGUAGAUUCGAAAGCGAUACCCCACUGCAGCACUUCAUCAUACACUGGUCGUCUACUAUGCAGGUCGCUCUUAAGAGUAACACUACGGCAUAUGUCGGUGGCGCUGUGGGGUACUGUGCUGCAGACGUGGUGCACGCCACAAUAGGAACUAACCAGACCUCUGGAACUAUAACUGGAAAGGGUACUCCAACCCUGUUUCUCGGCGGCGCGUUUGGCUCCGUCGGAGGCCUGUACAAAAUACUGAGUUGGAACAAGAACACUACCUGUGCUGCUGAAGAGGGAACUUGUGUCUCUGGCGCGAUAGCCGGAAUGGUCUCCACAAGGAAAGCGGUAUAUAAUUUAACCUUUGGCGGCCCCUCAACCGUUAGUUGUGAUGCACUGUCAUGCACAACUGGUGGGGUGAUAGGCAGUGCAGACGCAGGGAAGUUUGAUACGAUGCUGUUCAACGGAUCUGUCAGCUGCAAAGCACGCGAUACAGUAACGUGUGGUGGGGUGUUUGGUCAUGUCUUUUCAUCCCUUGAUAGGAUCUAUUCAUAUGCACAGAGCGUUGUAGCAUCUUCAGUUGCUAGCUCUUCAGACAUGAUCAUGGCUGUAGGAGGCCUUGCCGGUAUUAUUGGAGGAGACUCACUGAACGGGGAAAUGCUCGUUAUCAAUUCCAGUGUUUCCAAUGUAACAACUGUUAGUGGAACCGGUCCUGGCUCUAUCUUCAUAGGCGGGUUUGCAGGAAAAAUAGCAAUGCAAGCAGUGAGACUCAUACGGAUUUACUCAUGUGCAGCAUACAGCAAUACAGUCAAUGCAACAGAGACGUCCUCUAGUUACGCAAUUAGCAAUCAUGCUACAGCAGGCGGUUUUGUCGCGUUCUCCAAAAUGGCAAAGUACGAUUUUUCCUACUCGUACAAUAGCCAGAAUAUAUCAGCGGAAAGUAAGCUUUCAUCUGCUGCUGCCGGCGGCUUUGUCGGAGACGGGCUUGAAACGCACGGAAAUCAUAUGAUGAUAUACAACGCAUACAUAAAUGGCACCAGUGGCGGGCCAGAACAGGCAUCUGUCCGUGUAGGCGGGUUCGGUGGGGGACUAGAAGGGAAUGCCUUGGUUCGCUAUACUGGUGCUUUCAGUAAAGCUCUAAUUGGAAAGUCGGUAGCCCAAGCAGCUCUCAAUGUAGGAGGGUUUGCUGGGAUUCUCCAGGGAGCUCACUCUUACGGCGGGUUUUGCGAGGCCGACAUCAUUGAUGUGACAGCCACUGGGGAUGCUGGUCGCUAUUCUGUAGGGGGGUUUGUUGGGACACUGAAUGGUGUGACAUCAUACGUCAACGGAGCGUGGGCAAAAGCCAACAUCAAAGUAACUAAUCCUGGUAGUGCAGCUUUCGACUCUAAAAAGGGUAUGAGGAUUGGUGGCUUUGUAGGGACAAUGGAGAGCUCGUCAGUCUUAAACUCAACUCAGGCUUUUGGAUCGAUCACGCUGAGCCAAGCCCAAUCAGCUAAGGCUGGUGCGAUGGUGGGUGCAGCACAUACAGCAAACAUAUCAGCAUGCAUGAGCAAUGUAACAUUCUCCUCGUCUCCAUCACAAUCCGAUCCCUUCAAGAUGGUGGGAUACUCGGACGGGACGAUCAGCAUGGACGAUGGCUCGAUGAACUUCCAAAUUGUAGAAACAGAAGGACAGGCAAGCGAAACCAACGUGACGUAUUUGACCUGGGACAAGGCGAAGAAGAACAGCAGCUAUCAAACUACAUCAGGUAGCUAUUAUCACGGGUUCAAUUUAAACAACCCUAGUAGGCGCCAAUAUCUCAUUAAGUACGAGAACGAGUACCCAGGCCUUCAAGUUUUACCCAACCCUUGCUCGGUAGAUAAUCCGCGCUGGAGGGAGGGCAACUAUUGCAUCUUUGUGGAGUUCAACGUCAACAUAACACUGUCCAGUGAGUACAUGGAUGGCAAGCCUUUCGUUGCAGCGCAUGUAGCGCCAGACACGUGCCCGGACUUCUCCGUCUGCCGGGGGCACUACACUAGUCCUCUUACCGUUGACUGCAAUCCUGGCUUUGGAGGGUUGCGCUGUGGAAAUUGCACCACCGACUCAGCAUGUGCUCAUGGAGGUAGCUGUGACAAGUCCUUUGGUUCUUCAUAUGGAUCGUGCAAGUGUGUUCGGGGUUACAAAGGUGUCGACUGCACAUACGAAACCUGCGGGGGGUAUAAGAACGAUCAAUGUAAUGGAUUGGGCAUGUGUACCUAUGUCAAUGAUGGCUUUUAUAUCUGUGAUUGCCCAUCCAAGGAGUACUACAUCAAGAAUCAGCUCUGUGCCAAGGGGUGCAUGGGCCUCACAACCGGCAUGUGUGUAGGUCCGCCCUCCAACUUAGAUAGAAAUAUACUCUGUCCUCCAGGGCAAUCCUAUAAAACGUUCUGUGGAUCACAAUCAGGCGUAAAUCAGAGCGGGUAUAUUGCAUCCAUCAGCAUUAUGACGAUAAUCGCCGUAGUUGCGGUCAUUCUUCUGGUCCUAGUUGCGCUGGGGAAGGUUUCCUUUACCUGUUGCAAAGCCAACGGAGGCCACCAGAGAGAUCUGGGAGAUUCCAUGCCACUGGCAGAUCGUGAAAUGGUCAACAGCAUCCACUCACCACUGGACGCAAGUGUUCGCCGUAUCCAAAGCGUUAGUGGUGGGGUGUCAAUCCUCUAA